AUAGCUAUAUAUACCCCUCCCAUCACUGCCGUUAACAUCACAAAGCUUUUGAGUGGGAACCAGAAUUGUAGAGAGAGAGAGAGAGAAAAUGUCAGGAAGGGGAAAGGGAGGAAAGGGAUUGGGAAAGGGAGGAGCGAAGAGGCACAGGAAGGUGCUUCGUGAUAACAUUCAAGGGAUUACCAAGCCUGCAAUUCGCCGUUUGGCUCGAAGGGGAGGGGUGAAGCGUAUCAGUGGUCUCAUUUAUGAAGAAACCAGAGGUGUCCUCAAGAUCUUCCUUGAAAAUGUAAUCAGAGAUGCUGUUACCUACACUGAGCAUGCUCGCAGGAAGACUGUGACCGCCAUGGAUGUGGUCUAUGCCCUGAAGCGUCAGGGCCGAACCCUCUAUGGCUUCGGUGGCUAGGGUUUGGUUUCUGGCCUCUUGGGCCUUGUGCUGUAAAUUCAAGUCAUCCAUGGCCCUGUAUUUCUCCCCUUUAUCUUUUUUUUUUUUUGGUGAUGUGCGGUGGUUUCAGAUGAAAUUGUUUGAUUUCAUCCUCUUGGUAACAGUGUAAACUGUAAUGAACUUUUAAGGAAAGGAUAUUGGAUUAGUGGGGUUUUUACUGUUUCA